GCCCUGCAGCGGCGGGUCCUCCCUGCCACCCGCAGCUGAGGGGGCCCCGCGGCCGCCGGGCUCCCCGAUCUCCGGGGAUCUCUCUCCCUUUGCCCCGUGGGGUCACCCGGGGUGAACAGUCUGCAGGUGCCUGACUCUGCCCUAAGCGGUUCACGUCCUCCCGAAUUCCCGCGUCGUCCCGGUUCGUGUCACUGACCCAUCGUCGAGUUCCGCACGGGGCAGCGGAAGGGGCGCCGGGAGCACCCUGGCUGCAGGCGCCGGGCUCGGGUCCGGGGCGCGGGCGCACGGCGCGCCACCUCCGCUGGAGCGGGAGGAGGAGCCCGGAGCGGGUGGAGCCGGGAGGCGGCGGCGGAGGCGGAUUUCCUGGGCCCGGCCGCCUGGAUACCAUGGCGUUUGGGAAGGGCCACCGCGACCCCUACGCGACCUCCGUGGGCCACCUCGUGGAAAAAGCUACAUUUGCUGGUGCUCAGACUGAAGACUGGGGUCAAUUCAUGCAUAUCUGCGAUAUAAUUAACACUACGCAGGAUGGGCCAAAAGAUGCAGUGAAAGCUUUGAAGAAAAGGAUUUCCAAAAACUACAAUCAUAAAGAAAUCCAACUCACCUUGUCACUUAUUGACAUGUGUAUGCAGAACUGUGGGCCGAGUUUCCAGGCUCUGAUUGUGAAGAAGGACUUCAUUAAAGAUAGCCUCGUGAAGCUGCUGAACCCCAGGUUCACCUUGCCUUUAGACAUUCAGAAUAGAAUCUUGAAUUUUAUUAAGACCUGGUCACAAGGUUUCCCAGGAGGUGUGGAUGUAAGUGAAGUGAAGGAAGUGUACCUUGACCUGCUGAAGAAAGGCGUUCAGUUUCCUUCCUCAGAUGCAAACGCUGAAGCCACAACACAGGAGACUCCGCGGAGCUUAUCGAGUCCUCCGACCCCUGUCCCAACCGCACCAGCUCUUUCUCCUGUAAUUACUGCCAGGAGCACAACUAUUACAUUGGUCCCAGAACAGAUUGGAAAAUUGCACAGUGAGUUGGAUAUGGUGAAAAUGAAUGUGAGGGUGAUGUCUGCCAUCCUGAUGGAGAACACUCCCGGGUCUGAAAACUCUGAUGACCUCGAGCUUCUACAGAAACUUUAUAAGACGGGUCGGGAGAUGCAGGAGAGGAUCAUGGACCUGCUCGUGGUGGUAGAGAAUGAAGAUGUAACCAUUGAGCUAAUCCAAGUGAAUGAAGAUCUGAACGAGGCCAUUCUUGGCUAUGAGCGGUUUAUUCGAAACCAACAAAGGCUUUUGGAGCAAAAUAAAAUCCAGAAUGGAACUGCCAAUACCUCCAGCGAGCCUUCCGCACCGUCUUCUGACCUCCUUGACCUAAGUCCCAGCCCCUUGAUGCCUCCAGCCCCUCAGGGAGACUUCAACAGCAUGAAUGCUCAGCUUUCAGACUUAAGUUUCAGCUCUCCAAGUCCUAUUGUAACAAACAACUCAAAUUCCUGUGUUUAUCCACAUGUGGACUUGCUAGCCUUGGAAAAUACAGAAGUAUCCGUGUUUGCCCAAAGGACCAGCCCAAACCUCACUUCAAGUCAUACAUAUGCUAAUUUGCCACAGCACUCAAGUUCAGUAUUACUACAGCCGAUCAGUCUGCAGACCACCACGACACCACCAAACCAGAGGCCACCAUCUUUGCUUAAUAAUCAUCCAGCGAUGACAAAGAAUGAUCUCCAGGGACCCAAUUACUACGAGGUAAUGGAGUUUGAUCCCUUAGCUCCUGCUGCCACCGCAGAGCCUGUUUAUGAAGAAAUUGAUGUUCAUCUCUACAAAGGAGCUCAAAGUAAUAGUGACUACAGAGGUAAAAACUUCAACUUACACACCUUACAUUUCAGUCCAAAUAAUUUCAUUCAGUAAAUUAUCACGUUCUAUACUCAGUAUUUUUGAUUUAUAAGGGACAUCUGAAUCUGAAACUCAGAUUAGUGAGGCUGUUUCACAGAAUCAAACUGUCGUGAAUUAUUGUGAACUAAUAAAAAACCUUUAUGAUCUUAUCAGCUAAAAAUAAUGAAGCUUGGGAAUGUACAAUUUGGUUUAUGGUACAGAAAUAUUAACAUGAACAAAACCACAUGAAUAGAAGUCCUUAGUAUGGAAAUCUGACAUCUGGCUUUAAUAUGAAGUUAAUAUCUGUUGAACAGCACCAACAGAAUCUAUUAUUAGUCCUCCAAAUUAGUCUGAGUUUUCCCAUUGUUUUGUACUAGCCAUCUCAUUUAUUUACCAAUAUUCACCAGUGAUCUAUUAAUUUUAUUUAUUCAUUUCACAUCUUCCUCCAUGGGAGAGAAAAGCACAUUCCCAUCUUUUUUCCAUGUAAUGAUGGCUUUCUAAGUUCCGAAUAGAGAAAUACAAGGAAGAGUUACUAAGGAGUGCAAAAGAACAGGAUGGAGAUUGGCCCAUUUCCUCUUUUUAUUUUAGGUUAAAGUGAUGAUCAUCAUCUCACUAGUACCAGAGGGGUACCAGCUUCCUAAAGAGUAGUCCCUGUCCAGCUCUGAGGCCUGGAAGACAAGACCUACCAACAUGUGAAAGCCACACCUGACUUGAAGUGUAAACACUAGUGUAACCGUUCCCGGGUAACAGAUGGUUCCUCACAACACUCAAGAUUUACUUCAGUAGAACACGAGUAUAAUAAAUAUUGACUCAACACUUGAACGGAAGAAAAAUUAGUUAGUAUUUAGGUCAACCAGUUUAAUCACAGUACCUUAUGAAGCACAGGACUUCCUAUACAGAAAAAUCAUCACAUAGCUGUGAUAAACGUAGAUGAAGAUGUAAGCAGUAAAUGUGAGAAACUAAAUUAUUCAGGAAGACUACUACUGAGUGCCUUCAUUUAACUAAAAUUGAAUGUCGAAGUCAAUUUGCACUUCUUUAUAAAUGACACUUUUUUUUAGAACUGUAAUAAAGACUUGAUGAUUGUAGUUUAAUUAUAUUUCAAGUGUCCUGAAGAGGUCACUAGACUUUGCAUCACAUGGCCUUGAAUUAUGAUUCUUUAUAAUGCUAAAUGUUUACCUUUUUACUAUAAUUAAUAUUUCUAUUUGGAAAAAUACUGCUAAACCUUCUGAAUGAACUGUAUUCACUUACAUAAAUUACAAUGACAAAUAUUAAAUGUGUAAUUGAAAACAUUAAAAUAAUAAAAUUUUUUUAAAGAA